AUGAAAGAUCCACGAUCUGGUAGAGCUCUCAGCGAUGAGUCUUUGGCAGAUACGGCUCUUCAGAUCCUCAAACAUUCGGAGUUUGUAACCGCGAUGGACGAGACAUCUGAGCACAACCUGAAAAAAUCUGCGAAGAGUCGGCUAGAGUAUGUCAUUCCGUAUUGGCUUCAGACACUGGAUGAAACGGAUAAGCGGGGGUUUUCGGCCUUUCCAAAACCGGGAACUCAACAAUAUCGUCUCGAAGACCAUGUUUGGAUCUGGAAAGCGCUGAAUUCGAUCGAAAACCUAGAUCUCGGCACAUACUUGAGGGCUGAUGGAUCUAACGAGGAGCAGCGAAUGAGAAGGGGCCCGAUGAACUUUGCUGAAGAGAGUUUUACGAAGUUCCCUACACCCAUGGCGCCAUUGUCUGGAGAUUAUCGUGCAGACCAAAUCCAGCGCAAAGUUCUGAAGCGGUUUACAACCGAAAACACGGCAUCGGGGCAACGAAUGAUCGCUGUUUCGCGGACACCAACAGAGACAAGAUUUAUGUUCCACUCCACAGACUCUGUCUUGUUGUACAACUCCAAUGCUCCAUUCUUCGACAAGGCUAGACCGCUGUGGAAAGCGACCAUGGAGUCCCAGAAGUUUUAUCAGGAGAAUGACGAGUCGACCUGGGACAGCCCACUGCGCUAUGCUGCAGCUCUAAUUAUGAGCUUGAACGGCUGCCAGAUUACCGGAAAAUCGAGCAGAAAGAUGUUUGACGAGUCGAGGAGGAUAUUGCUCAGAAUCAGCCCGCCCAACGGUCUCUUCGCUGGUCAGAUUGACCCUAUCACAAAAGAGCCCCAGAUCUUCCAGGAUAAAGCGGAAAGGGAUUUCUACUGGAAUGUCAGCUUCGAGAUCCCUGGUAUCCUUUGGGAAUAUGGAGUCCGGAUUGCACAAGGUGUGGGAAACAAUGGCUCACAAGCAGAGAUGCCAGCGCAGUGGGAUUCAGCUGUCCUACCCACCGAUCUGCAAAACAUCAAUUUACAAAUUGAGGACCCAUAUCAGGCUAAUGAUAUCUCCAAGAUCGAACGAUUCUUCCCUUCCUGUACCCUCAAUGAUCGGAAAGAAAUUGUUGAGUUAGCAGACGAAUGGCUCUACAGCUAUCCAGACUUUUUGGAUUUUGACCCUGGCAUUCGCCAUCGAUUUGAGGAUUUUGGAUCCCUGGGCCAGUGUGGGGUUGCAACGGGGGAUCUUCUGUCAAAAGCCAUUCGCCAGUUCAAAGAGCGUCAGGGAGAUGGAUACUCUCCCGUCUUUGCAAAUAAUUACCUCAAAGGCAUUAUUGUCGACGUUGGCAAGACAAUGAGGAAAAAUCAACGCCGAACGAGCAGAAAGAUUUCGACUCCUGCUCAAGACCGCGGUACCCCUGACGACAUUCAAGUCUGCAACAAUGACCAGCUCUUUCGAAAACUAGAUGGUCCACGAGUUGCGAAGAAAGCAAAGAAAAGACUGAUCUGGAUACCAAAAAAAGAUAACGGUGUCAUCGUUCUUUGA